GCUUUCUGAUGGACCCCGGCGAAACCAUGCAGUGAACGUGAUGAAGCCGGAAUUGGGACCGCUCCCCAGACUCAACGCGGUGGUCUCCAGCAGAGGGGUGCCCCCUUUUCUCUGGUCUGUUUUCUAUUUUACCUGUUUCUUAGGCUUCACCCAGGCAAGUUCAGAAGAUGUGGACGUUCUUCAAAGAUUGGGCCUGGUGGGGCCAAAGCCAUUGGGUGCGGGGUCAUCUUCUCGCCCUGUUCCUCAGGGUGUCAUCCCAUUCAAGUCGGGGGUCAUCUUCACCCAAAGAGCACGUAUCGAAGUGCCUGUUGGCAGAAUUAUUCCUGCCACCUUUGGUACGGACUUGGCUCUAGUGUUGAGUUUGUGCUCUCAUCGAGUCAACAGCGCUUUUUUGUUCACCAUCAAGAGCAGAAAGAAGAAAUUACAGCUGGGUGUGCAGUUCAUUCCAGGGAAGAUCAUAGUUUAUGUAGGCCACAAGCACUCCGUAUAUUUUGAUUACAAUGUUCAUGAUGGUCAAUGGCACAAUCUGGCCAUCGACAUCCGAGGCCAGGUGGUCACUCUGUUUACCUCUUGUGGGAAGCAAAGAGUACAUGCGGAUUUGCAUCUUAAAAAAGAUGAGUUGUUGGACCCGGAAGGGUCUUUCCUUUUAGGCAAACUGAAUCAACACUCAGUACAGUUUGAAGGUGCCCUUUGCCAGUUUGAUAUUUAUCCUUCCGCCAAGGCAGCUCAUAAUUACUGUAAGUUUCUGAAAAAACAAUGCAGGCAAGCGGAUACUUACCGGCCGAUUCUUCCACCUCUUGUCCCACUUCUGCCCAAAGACCUAAGAACUUCUGAAAGGACCCCACCACAAUCAGACCUUUCCCUUCUGGGCUUGAAGAAUCUGACCACUGUGAUUCCCCCAUUAUCACUCUUCAAGGCCACCACUCCUCAGAGGAACAGCAGAUUGGUUGCAGCAUCCACCACCAUUGUACCAUCUAAACCACCAGCUCUGCCACCAACCAGCAAAGCUGCAAAGAGCAUUGUGGCCUCACCUCCCGUCCUGCCAAACACUGAAGUUCAGCUGCCUGCCCAAACUCUCCAUCGGACUACCACAGUAGGCCUUCAGGCUUUCACAGUAGCUCAUCGGACUGCCACCGUAGCUCUUGGAGCAUCUCGCUCUACUUCCAGUGCAAGCUUGGAGAAGCCUCGUCUGCCCACCACCAAAAAUGUUCCUUCUGCCUUCCCCAGCUCAACCACAAGUUCCACUGCGGUCAUUGACAAGAAGGAGUUGGAGAAAAAGACCAAAAAGAUGAUCAACCAAAGCCAAACUAUCAAGCCUUUCCAAAUGGCUAGCACCGCAAAGCCUGUGAUGAAAAAGGCUGAAAACACAUCCAGGAGUCUUCCAGUGACCAUAAAACACAAGCUGGAGAACACAACCAAGGAUCCUAUACCAAAGAAGUUAUUAUCUUUGCCAGCACUGAAAAAAGCAGAUUCUACCAUAAUUGCUGUUCCAUAUAUCAAGCCAACUCUUGGAGCUUAUCCUGUCAUCAGAAUGAAUGUGCAAAGCAUCAACUUAACAACUCCGGCUGCUACUGACGGGUAUCAGCUGUUUGAUCCCAUUGGGCCUACUCUCUUUCCAUUCGUUAUGGGGCUUCCUGGACCUAAAGGUGACCGAGGUCCUCCGGGCCCUGCAGGUCUGCCUGGGUUACCUGGACCACCUGGCAAGAGAGGCCCACGGGGACCUCCUGGCCCUCAUGGGAAUCCUGGCCGGCCUGGUCCACCUGGCCUUAAGGGCCAGAAAGGAGAUCCUGGAUGGUCCCCUGGAAAAGCGCGGAAUGGUCCAAAGGGAGAUGUUGGAUUAGCUGGAUUGACUGGUCUUCCUGGACCACCUGGUAGAAAGGGACAGAAAGGCUACCCAGGCCCACCAGGUCAUCCUGGAGACCAGGGUGAACGAGGACCCGAUGGGAACCCAGGUGCCAAAGGUUAUCCUGGCAGGCAGGGUUUACCUGGACCUAUAGGGGAGCCUGGUCCAAAAGGCAGCCGGGGGUACAUUGGUCCACCAGGAUUGUUUGGGUUGCCAGGUGCUGAUGGAGAACGAGGGAUCCCCGGAGUUCCUGGGAAGAGGGGCAAGAUGGGUAGGCCGGGCUUCCCUGGUGAUUUUGGGGAACGAGGACCACCAGGCAUCGAUGGCAACCCGGGAGACGUGGGAGCCCUGGGCCCUCCUGGAGUUCAUGGACUCAUUGGUGAUAUGGGUGCUGUUGGACCAAUAGGCUUUCCAGGACCGAAAGGAUUAAAGGGGCUGAUGGGAAAUCCCGGAGAGCAUGGACUGAAAGGUGAUAAGGGUGAUCAGGGAGUGCCUGGUGUUCCAGGGGAUGUCGGAUUCCAAGGUGACAAGGGUAGUCAAGGUUUGCCCGGGACGCCAGGAGCCCGCGGAAAGCCAGGCCCUCCUGGGAAGGUUGGCGACAAAGGUCCAGUUGGAAUUCCAGGACCACCUGGCCCUGAGGGCUUCCCAGGCGACAUUGGCCCACCAGGACAAAACGGACCUGAAGGCAUUAAGGGGAAGCCUGGCGCACGGGGAUUACCUGGCCCAAGGGGACAAGUUGGCCAAGAGGGUGAUGAAGGGCCUGUAGGACCACCUGGAAUUCCAGGGCUGGAGGGUCCACUUGGCAGGAAGGGCUUUCCAGGAAAACCGGGUCCUGAUGGCUUAAAGGGUGAACCAGGGAAUCCAGGCCGGCCAGGAAAAGUUGGUGAGCAGGGUCUGAUGGGCUUCAUUGGUCCGGUAGGGGAACCCGGAAUAAUCGGGGAGAAGGGAGAUAGGGGUACUGUCGGACCGCCAGGACCACCAGGCGUCAAGGGGUCGAUGGGUCAUCCUGGGAUACCAGGAGGAGUCGGGGCCCCGGGACCUCCUGGGCCACCAGGCCCAGCUGGAGUUCGUGGUUCUCAAGGCAUGCGAGGCCCAAAAGGUCGUCGGGCCGGGGGGCUCAUCGGCAAGGUUUUUCCAUACAGGGGUGCCCGAGGCCCAGACGGACCAGUAGGCGAGCUGGGGUCCCAAGGUGCCAAGGGCCAAACAGGGCACCCGGGCAAGUCGGGACCAGAUGGGCAGCAGGGGCCUCAGGGAGCUCGAGGUCCAGCCGGGCCUCUGGGAGAAAUUGGACAUAAGGGACCUCCUGGCUCUGCAGGGCAACGUGGCCUUCCAGGUGAACCAGGGAUGAAGGGUGAUCUUGGACCACUCGGGGUCCCUGGAGAACAAGGCCUCAUUGGUCAAAGGGGGGAGCCAGGCCUGGAAGGUGACAGCGGCCCACUUGGACCAGAUGGACUUAAGGGAGACAAAGGAGAACCAGGACCAGAAGGGGAAAACGGAGAGAAGGGUCAAGAAGGCAUUAAAGGAAAAGAAGGACCUCUCGGAUAUCCCGGAGCCUCAGGUGUCCGAGGACCAGAAGGAAAACCAGGCCAGCAAGGGGAAAAGGGCAAGAUUGGCCCAAAGGGCAGCAAAGGCCAUCAGGGGCAACUUGGAGAAACUGGCCCGCCUGGGAAGAUGGGACCAAUGGGGACUCAAGGCCCGAAAGGAUCCAGAGGUACCCUGGGAGCUAUGGGUGCCCCAGGCAGAAUGGGUGUCCAAGGGGAGCCUGGUUUAAAGGGCUAUCAGGGCCAUGCAGGAUCCCCUGGCCCAAUCGGACCACCUGGAUCAAAAGGUGAAAAGGGAGAACAGGGCGAUGAUGGGAAGACAGAGGGGCCUCCUGGACCACCUGGAGACAGAGGUCCAGCUGGCGACAGAGGUGAUCGUGGGGAGCCGGGAGACCCUGGUUAUCCUGGCCAAGAAGGUCUCGAUGGAGAAAGAGGAAAGCCUGGACAGCAAGGGUUACCUGGACACCCAGGACCACCAGGCCGACCAGGGCCAAAAGGAGCCAAAGGCCAGCAGGGUCAGAAAGGAAAGCCAGGGCUGCGGGGCACCUCGGGCAGCAGAGGCUCACCGGGUCUCGUUGGGUUACCGGGUCCCAGAGGAGUGGUUGGAAGGCAAGGUCAAGAGGGUGCCCCUGGCAUUGACGGGAUGCCUGGGAAAGAUGGCAGCGCUGGGCUGAAGGGAGAACAAGGCGACGACGGGGAAGAAGGCACGCCAGGAAUGUCUGGGAAAAGAGGGACUCCGGGUGUGCUUGGUCUCCCGGGAGCUCAGGGCCCCCCAGGAUUCAAGGGAGAAAGUGGAUUACCUGGGCAAGCAGGCCUGUUGGGGAAGCGAGGACCACCAGGUGGAAUGGGGCUCCCCGGAAACCCCGGAGAGCCAGGCCCAAAGGGGCAGCCGGGAGACUUUGGUGAAUCAGGAUUUCCAGGGAUCGCGGGACUGUUUGGGCCAAAGGGACCCCCUGGUGAUCUCGGGUUCAAGGGAAUCCAAGGCCCGAAAGGUCCACAAGGACUCAUGGGGAAGGAAGGUGUUAUUGGACCACUUGGAAUUCUGGGUCCAACAGGAAGCCCUGGCCCCAAAGGAGACAAAGGCAGUCGUGGCGAAACGGGAUUGCAAGGCCCAAAGGGUCCCCCAGGCCCUCGAGGACCCCCCGGACCGCCGGGUCUGCCAGGAAUCCCGGAUACAUUUCAACAAGAUAGCUUUGGUGCAGCUUUCCAAGCAGCGAUGAACACCGGCACUGCAUUCAAGACUGAGGGCUAUCAAUAUCCAGACCUUCCAAUGCUGGACCAAGGAGGGGAGAUCUUUAAGACUCUGCACUACCUCAGCACCCUCAUCCAGAGCAUCAAGAGACCCCUUGGAACAAAGGGCAACCCUGCCCGCAUCUGUAGAGACCUCAUGAACUGUGAACAGAAGAUGCAAGAUGGCCCCUACUGGAUUGACCCAAAUCUUGGCUGUUCCUCAGAUAGCAUUCAGGUCACCUGCAACUUCACCCAAGGAGGACAGACCUGUGUCAGCCCCAUCACUGCCUCAAAGCUGGAUUUUGACAUUGGAAGAGUACAAAUGAAUUUCCUUCACCUCCUGAGCUCCGAGGUCGUUCAGAACAUCACCUUCCACUGCCUCAACACUCCCGUGUGGCAGGAAGAGCCCUCGGAGAAAGGGGUGCAGUUUAAGGCCUGGAACGGGCAGAUGUUUGAAGCAGGAGGGCAGCUGAGACCCGACGUGGUGGCAAACAAUUGCAAGAUUCAAGAUGGACAGUGGCAUCAGACUCUUUUAAUGUUCCGGACACAAGACCUCCACCAGCUACCAAUCACCAAUAUCUACAACCUUCCACCAUCCGAGCCAGGGAAACAGUAUCUCCUUGAAGUCGGGCCAGUGUGUUUCCUCUAAGCGGCGGCCUCUGCAUUGCUUCAAACUUUGGACUUCUUUCCUUUUGGGGAUGCUGCAUCUUUGAGCAGGGCUCAUUCCCCCACCCACACCUUUACAAGAUUCAGGCCUGGGCCUAC